AUGGAAAAGAAAAUGAAUUUGUUUGCUUCACUGGAUCUCUGGAUUUAUUUUUGCCUCUUUAUUCGCGCUGUCCGCGGAGAUUUGAGCUACACAUUGCCGGAAGAAACGAAGCGUCAAUAUGUGAUUGGAAAUAUAGCAAAGGAUCUCGGACUUGAUGUGAAACGAUUAUCUGCUCGUAAAGCUCGAAUAGAGACAGAAGGCAGCACUAAACGCUACUGCGACAUUAAUCUGAGUGGAAAUCUGAUCGUGGCGGAAACAAUAGACCGAGAGGAGCUCUGUGGACCGAAAAUUUCUUGCAUUCUUAAUUAUGAGCUUGUGUUGGAAAAUCCUCUUGAUGUGCAUCGCAUUUCACUGCAGAUUCAGGAUAUAAACGACAACGCGCCGAGAUUUCCUAAAGGUCGGAUUACGUUUGAUAUUCGGGAAUCAGCCGUGAAAGGAGAACGUUUUCCUUUGGAUGAAGCUCACGACUCUGAUGUCGGCCAGAACGCGGUUCAAGGAUAUUCACUCGAAAGGAAUGAUCAUUUUAUUUUGUCAGUGAAAGAAAACGCGGAGGGAGGAAAAUCCGCAGAGCUUGUUCUGGAAAAAGAGCUGGAUCGUGAACAGGGGAAGGAAAUAGAUUUAUUAUUGACUGCGACUGAUGGAGGCUCUCCACAGAGGUCUGGUACUGCAGUGAUCCACAUCAAUGUGCUGGAUGCUAAUGACAACACCCCGGUGUUUAGUCAGGCUGUGUAUAAGGUCACUCUGUCUGAAAACGCACCGCUGGGUGCAGAAGUAGUUACAGUGAGAGCUACAGACGCUGAUGAGGGCGUGAACGGGGAAGUCAGUUAUGAGUUUAGUCGCAUAUCUGAUAAAGCUGCAAAAUUAUUUUCGAUUAACAACAUAAGUGGUCAAAUCACAGUACAUGGAAAUAUUGAUUAUGAAGAAGAAUCUACAUAUGAAAUGAGAGUGCAGGCUAAAGAUGGUCCUGGUUUAGCAUCUACUGCCAAAAUUAUGAUAGAUAUCACUGAUGUAAAUGACAACGCUCCGAGACUUAUUCUUAAAUCACUGAAUGAUCCAAUUCCUGAGAAUUCGGUGACAGGAACUGAAGUGGCCAUUAUAAAUAUUCAGGAUAACGAUUCGGGAGAUAAUCGAAAAGUCAGAUGCUCCAUUCAGGAAAAUGUUCCUUUCAAAUUAAACAAAUCUAUUAAGAAUUAUUUCACUUUGCUAACAACUAGCACCUUGGACAGAGAGAAGGAAGCAAAUUAUAACAUCACAAUCACAGCUACUGAUGGAGGAUCUCCACCUUUAUCAACAUCAAUGACGAUUCAUCUGUCUGUCUCAGAUAUCAACGACAAUCCUCCUGUAUUUGAACAGCAAUCCUACACUGCAUAUGUAAUGGAAAAUAACAAACCAGGAACCUCUAUUAGUUCUGUUAGUGCAAGAGACCCAGACUGGAGGCAGAAUGGUACAGUGCUGUAUUCUCUGGUGCCCAGUGAGAUAAAUGGUGUUGCAGUGUCCUCCUUUUUAUCCAUUAACUCAGAUUCAGGAGUGAUUCAUGCUGUGAGGUCAUUUGACUAUGAAAAGUUCAGAAACUUUAAAGUCCAGGUUGUAGCCAGAGACAAUGGUUCUCCUCCACUCAGCAGCAACGUGACUGUGAGUGUGUUCAUCUCAGAUGAGAAUGAUAACUCUCCACAGAUAUUAUACCCUGCUCCAGAGGGGAAGUCUUUCAUGACUGAGAUGGUCCCUAAAGCUGCUCUCUCUGGCUCUCUGGUCUCCAAAGUGAUUGCUGUGGAUGCCGACUCUGGACAGAAUGCGUGGCUGUCGUAUCAGAUUGUCAAAUCUACUGAUCCAGGACUUUUCACUAUCGGUGUCCAUAGUGGAGAGAUCAGGGCUCAGAGGGACAUUACUGAAUCCGACAGCAUGAAACAGAGCCUCGUUAUCUCGGUGAAAGAUAAUGGACAGCCACCUCUCUCUGCUACCUGUUCUGUAUAUUUACUUAUUUCUGAUAAUCUUGCUGAAGUUCCAGAACUCAAAGAGGCAUUUUAUGAGGAGAGCAAUUCCAAACUGACUUUUUAUUUGAUCAUCGCGCUCGUUUCCUUGUCCACCUUCUUCCUGACCUUCAUUAUUCUGAUCCUGGCUGUGAGGUUUUGCCAUAGGAGAAAGCCUAGACUGUUGUUUGAUGGAGCAGUUGCCAUUCCCAGCACGUAUCUCCCUCCCAACUAUGCAGAGGUGGAGGGAGCUGGAACUCUCCACAGUUCUUACAAUUAUGACACGUAUCUAACAACAGGAUCACGCACCAGUGACUUCAAGUUCAUCACAUCUUACAAUGACAGCACUCUGACUGCUGGUGGAACUCUGAAGAAGAGUCCAGAUGUUUCAAAUACAAGCAACAUUUUUGAUGUGGAAGAACUAGUUCAGAUAACUGUAUUCCCCAUGUCCACAUGGGUGUCUGUUCCAUCUUUUGAGCUGAAUCAGCAAAAUGUCUUGGUCAUGAGUGCUGUAAAGGAACCCGAGUGUGAUUGUGUGAAAGUCUGA